CUUCGUAACUUCGAGAAUUUCCUCUCCGCUGUUCUCCGCCCUCUGGGGCUUUUAUUCAAAACCCUACACCAAGAAAGGUAAAUGGCCCAGGAAAUCCUCCACCAAACCCUAGAAAUCCCCGAAGAUCGGGCCUCUGGCGAUCGAUCGGCGGAGGAUUCCGGCGACCCUGCGCUCUCGCGGACCGCCUCCUCCAGCCGCCUCAACGCCAAGGCGCCCGAGUUCGUCCCCCGGUCGGCGGCCGCGGAUCGGAUCGAUGCACGCAAGCCGCGGGGUGGUGCCGAUCCACCACGGCCCGUCGCCGGUGAUGCACCCCUACCACCCGGCGCCGCCGAGCCCGCCUUUUUUUGCUACGGUGCCGGGCUCGUUCGAGUACUAUGGUGGUGGAGGCGGUUCGGGGUUUGGGGAGCAGGAAACGGCUCCGGGGCCGGCCGAACAGGAUCCCGCUCCGGGGGGCAGGGAGGGACUCUCGGAAGAAGUUAUUCAGAAGAUUACGAAGCAGGUGGAGUAUUAUUUCAGUGAUGUAAACUUGGCUACCACUGAACACUUGAUGAGGUUCAUUAGUAAAGAUCCAGAGGGAUUUGGUAAAAUAAUUUUUGUUAAUUAGAUUU